AUGGUUGUCGCAUCCGCUUUUGCUACUAUCCUAAUGGCUGUGGCUGUGGCUGCUGCUCCUCAUCAUAGCGACCUUGUCGCACGCGACUGCCGCACCUUUACCAAAGACAACCGAGUCGCGGUUCUCACUUGCAAUAUCCCAACGAGCUAUGCUACGCCCUCCUGCGGAAAUGGUCAAACUAUGAACGUCCAAUCCUAUACACAACUCGUCACCAAGCCUGGCGACAACAAUACUACCUGCCGGAUCACGUACCAAUGCUGCACCAAGUAA